GCGAAAACGAAACUAAAUACUUCGUGUCCGUAGCCGAAAAACAGAAAUAAGAAUUUAUCCCUUGCCGUUGCCGUAGCCGUUUGCUCCUUACUUCUGUUUCCCAAUCCCUUUGCCAAUUCAACCAACUCAAGUGAACUAAUCUUGAAUCUUGUGUCUUCCCGGUUCCUUUUUGCCUUUUCCUUUCCCUUGUCAGCUUGCCGUUGCCAAUGCCACUCGCAGCUGUGUUUUGGUUUUGGGGAUGACAGACAUUGUGUCAGAGACAGAGUCAGUUCAUCGGAAAUCUCACCAAAAUCCUCAGCAACAAAAUUCAAGGUGCCUCUGCCUGUAAAGUGUCCAGUACAUACACAGACAACUUCUAUUAUAUAGGAAAUUCUAUGUAAACCACAACAACAACUCAAAACUCAAGCAGUCAUCACGUCAGCCCGCCAUCGACAUCGACUACGACAUCACCAUCGUCAGGCUCUCAGUUUCAGUCUCAGGCAGCACAGCAGCAGCCAAUGCAGCAGCAAUUCAAAUCCAGUCACGGCCGUCAGUUCUCAGUUGAACAUUUUCAGGUCUCUGAAACACAACGACGAACAAACUAGAACCACCCCAGAAUAACAUUUCAACGAGAUUCGAAAUUCGAGAGACUCUACAGAGAGCAAAACCGGAUGAGGCAACAACAAUAGCACAGCAGAUAUUACAACGGCACAGCACAGCAACAGCAAGAUAGAAAGAACCAAACAAGCGCACAGUCACAGGAAAGUAAAGGAAAGGCUGUGUGAACCGAACGUGAAGAAGUGAAACCAUUUUCAAGUACGCCAGCCUGAAGCCCGUCGUCGUCGUUGUCAGCCAGCCAGCUGCUGUUGCUCUUGCUUUUAUGUACUUCGGUGUACGGUGUUCGAGUCGACUGUCGAGUAUAUCAAGGAGAAUAUUAUAAAUCCACAAAACGUUGCGUCGGACUCUGUUUCUGUUCCUGUUCGUCUUCUUCGUUUGUUCGAACGGUUUUCAGUGUUUUGGAGUCUUUUGGUUGAGUUAGUUUCAUAUCGCAGACGUUCAACGACGACGCGAGGGAAUUUACGAGUACAUAAUUUUUGAGCGUAUUUUGGAAAAUUGCAAACAACAAAUUCGCAUACAUAUAGAAAAUGGACAAAAUGGACAAAACACAACAAAAGAUGCCAAUGCGCAACAACAGAAGAUGCAUUAUCUUCGGAUGCAGUUCAUCCUCAAUCACCAACCCCGAUCUGAAGUUCUUUCGUUUCCCGCUUCCCGAGUCACCGGAUUACAAAGUAUGGCUGUCGGCCUGCAAAGAUUCCUACAAUCAAAUACGGGUUCUCAAGAAGCCUCUUGUCUGUUCGCUGCACUUCGAUCCCAAAGAUGUCGGCGGUCGCAGACUCAACCCGAGGUCGUACCCCAAAUUGAGGCUUAUCCCCUCGCAGGAGUAUGUCUUGAUUCAGGAGAAUAAGCAGAAAAUGAAGUUUUUGAACAAAGUCAUGGAAGAAUGGCUGUUGAGAAACCGGCCGUAUCGAGAUAUCUAUGGCAAAGUGCUUCUCUCAAAAGCUAAAGAGGCCGCAGACCUUCUAGACAUUACAACCUUCACGCCCAGCAAACUUUGGCUGCAGGAUUUCAACGAAGAGAUUGCAGCACCUGGCUCAAAACUUCUGGGAAAAGUCGCACCGUGUGGUCUGUCACUCCAAAUGGCUGACGUCAUCCGGGACUUGAGACAGCAAGAGCAAGAUUUCAAGGCCGUUCAAGAUCAUCUGAUGGGAGCUGAUAAUUCAAUCGAAAUCAGCGAUGAUGAUGAUUAUGAUGACGGUGAUUUCAGCGAUAGCUAUGCCGACUUAUCCUCAAAGCUUGAGGUUUCAGUGACGGUGGACGAAGAAAACGAAGACUACUACGAGCCCGAAGCUAAAAUGCCAAAACUCCAAUCAAUACUCUUGGACCUGGACGAUGAAGAAGAUUCAAGCGAUAAGAAGAAAAAUAUCUCCACAUACCGGGAUGCCUUGAAAUAUAUGAAGCCCCUCGAAGAUUUUGCCUUGCAAAAAGAAGAUUUCAGGGCUAUCGGCUUAUUGACACAGCUCGAAGCUAUUUUCAAGCAGCAGGAGUAAAGAAGAAAUGUAUUUAGGUUUUAUUUCUAACCUAUUUGUAAUAAAAUAAAAUGUAAAUGUAAAUAAUUUUAAAGCACAAACUCUACAUGUAAUUAGUUUUGUAAGUUUUAUCGCAUAAGAAAUAAUAUAG